AUGUGGCGGAUUUUUGCAUCAGGAAGCACGGAAAAAGAGGAGCCCCCACGCGGUCUACCAGCAUCAUGGUAUCGCUCAGAGGCAAUGUACCAAUUGGAGAGACGGGCAAUCUUCUCUAAGCGAUGGAUGCUCCUUACCCACUCAAGCCGUUUCAAGAAGCCAGGAGAUUAUCUGUCUUUUACAAUUGCCAACUUCUCCUUUUUUCUUAUCCGGGACCGAGACGGUACAAUCAACAGCUUUCACAACGUCUGCCGUCACCGCGCAUUCCCCGUUGUCCAAGCUCCCUCCGGCACAACACCCAUACUGAGCUGCAGGUAUCACGGAUGGUCAUAUGGCCUGAAGGGUAAUAUUGCCAAAGCUCCGCGAUUCGAAACAGUCCCCGAUUUCGAUAAAACCCAGCACUCGUUAUUCCCAAUCCAUGUGCACGUCGACAAGGCUGGCUUUUUAUGGGUCAAUCUGCAAGCCGGUGAGACGGACGUGAAAUGGGAGGAUGAUUACGAGAAGGUCGAUGAGGAGCCCCGCAUGCAGGACUUUGACUUUGCCGCCGAGUUCAAGUUCGAUCAUUACUGGGAGAUGGAAUUGGACGCGAACUGGAAGGGUGUAAUUGAGAAUUAUAAUGAGUGCUACCAUUGCGCUACUUCUCAUCCACUUAUCAAUGGCGUUUCAGAUUCGCCAAAAUAUCGGGUUGAGCCUAAGGCCCGGUAUAUGGAGCAUCAUAUUUUUAAUAAGGAGGGCUCUGAUAGCCAGUUUCGGCGGGCGAUCACGUACUUUUAUCCUACGACUUCUGUUACGGUGACUGAUAAAUUCUUCUAUAUCCAACGCAUGAUUCCUGUAUCUGCUACUUCGAGCAAGAUUGAGAAUGAGGUUUACCGUCACCGGGAUGCCACUGAUGAAGAAUUUGAGAAUAUCAACGCAUUUUACAGACAGGUGCUCGACGAGGACAAGGAGCUUUGUGUUGGAACGCAGGAGAACCUAAGUGCUGGGGUUUUCACCAACGGGGAACUACACCCUAACAAGGAGAAGGGACCUAUCCACUUCCAAAGUAGCGUCAGAAGAAUGCUGAUGGAACACCGAAAAAAUGAACAAAAGCAAAGAGUAGAGAUUUGGCCGGCCACCCCGAAGGCUCAGUUGUCGAAGAAUUCGGCAGAAGAUGAGACCUUUUGUUCGCAGUUGGAGGCAUCUAGUUGUAUGGCCAAACCAGAACUGGCCUGGUAG